ACAGGUGAAGAAUGUCGAUCCAUUGUUUUCAAAGAACCAAUACAGGACAAAGUCAUGGUAGGGCACUUAAUCGGGCUUGUAGAGGUACCCCGCCUAGGGAGCUGUAAUGUGCUGUGCUAUAUGGAGCCCGAUUGUGUGUCCAUAAAUUUGGGGCCUUCGCAAGGAGGAAACUACAUUUGUGAGUUGAACAAUGCUUCGCACGAAAGUCCAGGCUCACCCGUCCUUCAGAGUAAACAAGAUUAUACUCAUUUAAGCAUCGAGGUAAAGGGAAUUAUUUUAGACGGCGAACAAUUAUUGUAGGCGAUAAUUUUUUUGGGUUACUUCUUAUGCUAGCCUUCCAAUCCUUGUAUAGAAUUAAUGUGAUUCCUCAGUAUUGCAGCGCGCGUCACGAGAAACUUUCCGACCCGAUUUCGUGUGAUAAUGAGUGAUUUUUCCAUAGAAUAGAUAUUACAUUGUUCCAUAAGCCCUAUCGACUCUCUAGCUAUCGCUCAAGAGUCUCUCUUUAAACUUUCGUUUAAAAACUACCGCAAAAUGUAGCGUGAACCGCUAAAAUAAAGCAGGUUAUUAAUACCAAUACGGGAAUGAAUGGGGUGACAUUGGCCCAUCAUAUCUCUUUGGUGACCUAUCUUUCGUAUGGUAGUUCUCGAAACAGAGAUUGCUGAUGAAUACCGAAGGAAAAUUAGGAAUCACCUGAGCAAGGGAGAAUACCUAAGCUAAGGUACACCAGUGGUGUUAUCUGUACAAUGUUAAAAAAAAAAAAGAAAAAUCAAAGUUCCAGUCGCUAAAAAGAAUAGGAGCCAUUCUAAAUAAAUCAACCACUUCUCAACCAACAAAAUAUCCAGUAACUCUAUUAAUCGAUUUUCUGGUUUAAUGAGUGACAGAGUGUAACUGAUUCUAGUUUUCACUUGAUCAAAAAGCCUGAAGAAGUUAUCCUUCCAGCAAGAUCGUGUUCCUUUGAGGAUGAGUAAUACCUAACCAUGGAUAUUUUUAAUACGCAGUCAUUUUGUCUUGAACAGAAUCCUUGCAGCAGCAGUCCCUGUUUCAACAAUGGCACAUGUCAAGCUGGAUAUACUGACAAAGGAUUUCGUUGUAAAUGUCCUUCAGGAUUCACUGGUGUAUACUGCAAGAAAUGUAAUUAAACACAAAACUGUAAGGUGGACUCAAUACCUCAUGAUAAUCAUAAAGUAUUCAGAAGGAUGAAAAUUUUUGUUUUUCUUUAUGUAGCCUGCAGCUUUGACUUUGAAGAUGGAAUCGGUGGAUGGGAAAGGACAGGCACAGCUUUCAUUCACCAACCAACAUUUGGUGACAAUCCAGCAGCACGCAACAGAGAAAGCGCCCAGCAGCAAGGGGAUUGGUGGAUAGGGGGGGCUGAGAAUCGACCCAGCGAAAGCGAUCCAGCAGGACAUCUGCACCAGGAAGGUCCCGACCGACCCCAAGGAAGUCUCACUUCCGCUUAUUUCCGCAUCGUUGGCAGAGAUAUCUCGUUUCUCAUCGGUGGAGGAUGUACCAUAAAUGAUAUUCGUGCAGAGCUUAUUGUCGAAAACAAGGUGAGAUUAUUUAAUGUUUCCUUUGAUUCUUUUGAAACAGCUUAG